AACGAGGCUCUGAAUCCGUUUGUCUGAAUCGAGGUCGGCGGGCGGGCGGGCGAGGCAAGGCUCAGUAAGUUGUCGAGGUUCUUGCCGAUUCUUGAUUGUCGUCGUCGUCGUCGUCGUCAUCCUCCGAAGAUCGUUCCGUCGCAGCUCCUGGCUGCUCGAAUUCGGUGGGUCUGUUGCUCUCUUUCAUUCUUUCCCCAUUUGAUUUGACAUCGCCGUUCGGGAUUCUGGGCAGCUCGUUUUACCCGUCUCCGGAGAUUGGCGGGGGCCCGAAUUUAGGCUGCGCCUGCGCGAUUGGGAGUAAAGGGUUUUCUGGUUGCGUGUUUGAUCGGUCGAACUGGGUCGGCGUUUGUAUUUGUCGGGGAUCUGGUUUCUGGGCGGCGCUUGGAUGUGGAUAUGAUGGUGGUCUGGGUGGUGGGUUAAAUCGUUGUGCUCGUGUCAUUGAUGAGACGCCGUUCGCCGGCGAGUGUCGCAUCGGAGCAAAUGGAGAAGGGAACGGCUAAGAACCAGCACUCCCGCCUCUGUUUCUUGGCUACAUUGUCCUUGUUUUUCUGGGUUCUGCUGUUUUACUUCCAUUUCGUAGUUCUAGGGGGUAAUCCCUUUGAUGAAUCCGCCAAAUUGCAGCCCAUACCGGUUAGAACCGAAUCCACGCCUUCUCAUAGGAUCGAUGAUGACCCUUCGUCGGAACCCCGCAUGAGCGCUACGCCGCUGAGGGAGAGCCAUUUGGAAACUCCCCAAGUGGUCGAUCCCCCGAAAAGGGAAACUCCCCGAGUGGUCGAUCCCCCGAAAAAGAAAAUUCCUAAAGUGGUGGAGUCCCCGAAACGGGAAACUAAAAGGAAAAGAGAGAGUUUCCCCUUUAUGAGACCAUUGAGAACUACAGAGAACAAGAGUGAUCCGUGCGGUGGGAGGUACAUAUAUGUCCAUGAUUUGCCACCUAGGUUUAACGAGGACAUGCUCAAGGAGUGUAGGAAGUUAAGCCUCUGGACCAAUAUGUGUAAGUUCACCAGUAAUGCCGGGCUCGGUCCACCGCUCGAGAAUGUCGAAGGUGUGUUCUCGAAUACGGGAUGGUACGCGACAAAUCAGUUUGCUGUUGAUGUCAUUUUCAACAAUAGGAUGAAGCAGUACGAUUGCUUAACGCGUGAUUCUUCCAUUGCCGCGGCUGUUUUCGUACCCUUCUAUGCUGGAUUUGACAUCGCAAGGUAUCUCUGGGGUUACAACACAUCUGUGAGGGAUGCCGCAUCUCUUGAUUUAGUUAAAUGGCUGAUGAAGAGGCCGGAGUGGAACAUCAUGGGAGGGAAGGAUCACUUCCUUGUUGCUGGGAGGAUCACAUGGGAUUUCAGGCGGUUAAGUGACGAAGAAACGGACUGGGGCAAUAAGCUUCUCUUUCUCCCUGCUGCAAGAAACAUGUCUAUGCUUGUUGUGGAGUCAAGUCCAUGGAAUGCGAAUGAUUUCGGCAUUCCUUAUCCGACUUAUUUUCACCCAGCAAAAGAUGCUGACGUAUUCAAUUGGCAGGACAGGAUGAGGAAAUUGGAGCGCAAAUGGCUGUUCUCGUUUGCCGGCGCUCCUCGUCCGGACAACCCAAAAUCAAUUCGAGGACAAAUCAUUGAUCAGUGCAGGAACUCUAAGGUCGGCAAGCUGCUAGAGUGUGAUUUUGGGGAGAGCAAGUGUCAUUCUCCAAGCAGUAUUAUGCAGAUGUUCCAAAGCUCCCUUUUCUGCUUGCAGCCACAGGGUGAUUCAUAUACGAGGAGAUCUGCUUUUGACUCGAUGCUGGCAGGUUGUAUACCAGUCUUCUUCCAUCCGGGAUCAGCCUACACUCAAUACACCUGGCAUCUUCCGAAAGAUUACACAAAGUACUCCGUCUUUAUUCCUGAAGAUGAUCUAAGAAAGCGCAAUGUUAGCAUAGAGGAGAGGCUCCGGGAAAUAUCUCCCGAGCAGGUGAAGAUAAUGAGGGAGGAAGUCAUAAAUCUCAUCCCGAGGCUUAUAUAUGCUGAUCCGCGCUCGAAACUAGAGACUCUGAAGGACGCUUUCGAUGUAGCUGUGCAGGCCGUCAUUGACAAGGUUACGAGGCUGAGAAGGAACAUUAUUGAGGGCCGUACUGAAUAUGAUAACUUUAUUGAAGAGAAUAGCUGGAAAUAUGACUUGUUGGAGGAGGGACAGCGUGAAGUGGGAGGCCACGAAUGGGAUCCUUUCUUCUCGAAGCCAAAGGGCGAGGGAGAUUCUGGAGGUUCCUCUGCAGAAGCUGCGAAGAAGUCUUGGAAGAACGAGCAGAGAGACCAGUCAUGAUCUGGAGGCUUCAGUUUUCCUGAAGAAGCUUUACCAAGUGCUGAUGCAUGGUGAUGCCUCUAGAUGGAGUUCAUGUCAAGAGAGAUUCCGACCGAAGGCAAGAGCACAAUGGCUCUCCGAUGACAUAUUUUUGAAGCUAAUAUACCGUUCAGUUCAGCCUUUUAGGUCCACUGCCGUGCUAGGCAAUCAAAGACAGAAACAUAGUUGAGUGUCCCGCUUCCUUCUACAUUCUGCCUGUAUCGUGCCUAGCGAUUCUUUAAUUGCGUUUAAUAGGGUAUUACAUAGCACAUAUUCCAUGGAUGGAUCUGUUUAAUGUCCAUGUUCGCAAAGAUACUGGAACUUUUCAUGAGAAAUAUAAUUUUUCUGUUUCUGGUCAA